GCAAACAAUGAGAAGAUAAUUUUUUCUCGCUAAGGGUUCCGAUCUAAUCAUGGCGGACUCUGUUUUGAUGGAGGUUAACUGUCGCCGGCCUCAAAAGAUUCCGAAGUUGGACAAAGAUUGCCAAGGAUCCAAAUCGUCCUCCAAACAGCGCGUGGUCAAGUGGGGAAAAGGGGAAGAUGACGAAUACUUACGACAGUAUUUGUUGUUUCACUAUCAAUUUGAGAAAACUCAGGGUUUCUCGAUAAAAUGGGAGCAAUUUGAUUACCUAUUCCGUAGUAGACCAAUGGAUAAUUCGACAGACCAAAUCAGCGAGACACAAAGCAAUGCUGAAUUGAUCCGUGAGAUGACACUCACUGCUAUCGAGAAACACAACGAAGCUCAUGGAACAAAACUUGUGUUUGUGGAGCAUGUUGAAGCAAAUUACCAAUUUACCAGCGGUCUUACCUGCUGGUUAACAUUCUGGGCUACAGAUAUGGCCUCGUCCCCUCCAGAGUCUAAAAUCUAUCAAGCAAAUGUGUGGCGUCGCGGAACACGGUUUCAUACUUUUAUAUUCAGGGUCAAGCCCACGGACGAAGAGAUUGAAUCUGUUGAAGUGCAACCUCCGUCUCCCAUGCGUUAUGAAUUUGAUAAACCACCGAUUGUCUUUUCUCGACCUGGUCCUGAAGAUGAAGCAUUGCCUGGAGUCCCCUUUGUCUUCAAUCGAACUGGAGCUGGUCUUGAUCCCGAUAGGUUCACUCCGAGCUGGUCUUGAUCCCAAUAGGAAAAUGUAUGCCAAUGCCUUUUGGCAUUGACUAGUAGUAUUUCUUAUGUAAGUCGUCGGUAUUUAAACUUUGUCCUUGUUUAAUAGUCGAGUCUCAGACAUAUUUUUAUGUUUGUUGAUUGUUGUCAACUGUUCCAAACCAUCUAAAUCUUUCUCGCUUCUUGUCCCCAACUCUAGUGCUCAGAAAAGUUCUUCCAUUUAGUGACAAUCCUGCUUAUCU